GGGGUGGCGCGCAGCCGCCGCGGUGCUGCUGCUCAGUCGGCGUCGGUCUUCGCAACUGCCUCCGCGUGGCGCGAGCCUCGAGCCUGGCUCUUCCCCUGGUGGCGACGGCGGAAAGAGGGAGUGGAGGCGAGCGGACGGCGGGCUCCAUGGAGAGCGGCAGACGCCCAGGCAGAGGCGGCGCUUCCCUCCCGGCCCCCGGGCUGCAGUGACCGGCGCUCACCUCCCGCACCGCGUCGGAACGACCUCCGGCCCCGGGACUGAAGCGGCCUUGCCUCAGCUCCCCGCGCCGCCCGUCUCGCCUGUCAGCGCGCCCGGAGCCCCGACACCCGGAUUCGUCCUCGCCCCUACUCCCCGGCGGGGUGGCGGCGGCCAGGCCCCCGCAGCGGCGGCGGCCGGAGCAGCAGCGGCAGCAAGAACCCGCCUCUAUGAUGAAGUUCAAGCCCAACCAGACGCGGACCUAUGACCGCGAGGGCUUCAAGAAGCGGGCGGCGUGCCUGUGCUUCCGGAGCGAGCAGGAGGACGAGGUGCUCUUGGUGAGCAGCAGUCGCUACCCAGACCAAUGGAUUGUCCCAGGUGGAGGAAUGGAGCCGGAGGAGGAGCCUGGUGGUGCUGCCGUGAGGGAGGUUUAUGAGGAGGCUGGAGUCAAAGGAAAAUUAGGCAGACUCCUGGGCAUAUUUGAGGUGAGUUACAAAACUAAUUCUAAUUUUGCUGGUAAAAAAAAUUAUUUCUUUCUUCCUACCUAUUCAGAUGAAAUGGCAACAGCCUAUACCAGACAGUCUUGUAAAAUGAUCAGUGGGCAAGUCAUAGGAUUAGGAGGGAAGUAAGUGAAAGUCACUUGGCUUUUUCAUAGAUCACCAGUGAUAUAUGGAUUAUGGUACUAAUUAGUUUGACAGUAUAAUGGGGCUGAUGCAAAAACGGUUAUCUCUUAGUAUACUGUAUUUAGGUGUAGAUUUUUAGGAGGUAAAGUAUCUUCACUGUUGGCUUAGGUCUGUUGUGGAUUCUGCCCAUUGCCUUCUGCUCAUGACUUUAGAUAGUAUCUGUACUUGAUGACUUUUCUUGAAAGGUUCAGGUACAUGGUAAAGAAAUUCUCUCCCAUGUAAUCCAUUACUAUUGAGGGCAG